AUGUGCCGCUUCCUGGUCUACAAGGGCAGCGAUGAGAUCCUACUCUCCAAACUCAUCCUCGAUCCCACCCACUCCAUCCUAAAGCAGUCCUUUGACUCACGGCUGCGGCUCGAUACUCGCCGCGGCCAGAACAACGCCGAUGGCUUCGGUAUAGGCUUCUACACCGACCCCAAGCUCGGCUCGGCCCCCUGCCUCUUCACCUCGACCAUUCCCGCUUGGAACUGCACCAACCUCCAGCGCAUCGCGUCAAAGACGGCGUCCCGCCUCAUCUUUGGCCACGUCCGCGCCACCACCGAGGGCUCCCUCAGUGAAGACAACUGCCAUCCCUUUACCCACGGCAGCCUCAUGUGGAUGCACAACGGCAAUCUCGGCGGAUGGAAGCACAUCAAGAGGAGGCUGGGCGACCGCCUCGCCGACAAAUGGUACUUGGGCGUCAAGGGCGGCACUGACAGCGAGUGGGCCUUUGCCCUCUUCCUCGACACCCUCGAACGCCUGGGCCACGACCCGAGCGCCUGCCCCGAGACGGGCUUCGGGCCUACGGUGUUGCGCAAGGCCAUGGACUCCACCAUCGGCCAGAUCAACGAGCUGACCGACUCGAUACCGCAAAACAUUGUCCAGAGCGAGGACGUCGACACGAGGAGUCUCCUCAACUUUGCCGUGACCGAUGGCCACAGCGUCAUCUGCACCCGAUACGUCAGCAGCUCCAAGGACGAGGCCGCCAGUCUUUACUACUCCUCGGGCACGCAGUGGGUGACGCGGACGACGGACCCCAACGACCGGCGGUACCAGAUGGAGCGCAAGGACAAGGGCGCCGACAUUGUCCUAGUUGCCAGCGAACCGCUGACGUUUGAGAGGGAAAACUGGGUCAACGUGCCGACCAACUCAAUCUUGACGAUUCAUAGACAGACCGUCAUGGUGCAUCCGAUCCUGGAUCGAUACUAUGAACGAGACCCCUGUCACGUUCGAUCCAGCGCCUUUGUCCAAGCCAAGGGCCUGGUGUGCAACGAGAAGGCGCCGAGCCCGGCCCACGAGCCUCCGCAGUCGGGCUUCGAGGGCUACAGGAGAUUGGCGGCGCAGUCGAUUGGUUCCGGCAGCCGCAGCCCGGACCUCACCCGGAGGUCGUCGACGCCGGUGUCCGCGCGAGAGGGCAACGCGCCGCCUCGCUAA